AUGGGCCACAUCGCGCGUCUUGAGGUCGAGAACUUCAAGUCCUACGGCGGGUUCCACGUGAUCGGUCCGUUCCAUCGCUUCACGGCCGUCGUGGGCCCCAACGGCAGCGGCAAGAGCAACCUCAUGGACGCCAUUUCCUUCGUACUGGGCGUGCACUCGCGCCAGUUGCGCUCGACGCAGCUGCGGGACUUGAUCCACCGCUCUCCCAACGACCACGAGACGGACACGGAGCGCUCAGCGUUCGUGACGCUUGUGUACGCGCUGUCUGCAGACGAGCCACUACCAGCAGCCAAGUCGCUUUUUUUAGAUCCGACUCAGCAUCUGAGUCCGAAUCAGCAUCUGAGUCCAAGGGAGCUCACGUUCACGCGCCUCUUGUCGGACAAGGGCGUGGGCACGUACCGUCUCAACGGCCACGACGUGAGCGCCGAGACGUACCAGACGCAGCUCAAGGCCAUUGGCAUCUUGGUCAAAGCCCGCAACUUCCUCGUGUUCCAAGGCGACGUCGAGUCCAUUGCGAGCAAACGACCCGCCGAGUUGACCAAGCUCUUUGAGCAGAUCGCCACGUCCGACGAGCUCAAGAGCGAGUACGACAAGCUGCUGGAGGAGAAGAACGCAGCUGAAGAAGACACGAUCUUCGCGUACAAGCGGAAGAAGGGACUUGUGGCAGAGAAGCGUCUGGUGCGGGAGCAAAAAGAAGAGGCAGAGCUGUUUCGGGAAAAGCUGGAGGCUCUGACCGCGCUCCGGGUCGAGCAUUACUUGUGGCAGCUGUUCCAGGUUGGAGAUGAUAUUACACAGCGCGAGGAGACGGUGCGGCAUUAUCAAGACGCGCAUCGUACUUGUUUGAAGAAAGCAGAGGGCGUGGCGCAGGUUUACCAUGAAAAGAAGAAACAGUUGAGCGUGAGUUUCCGGGACGUGAAAAGUAAUCGCGGGCAGAUCCAAGCGGUGCAAAACGGGGUGGACGAUAUCCGGCCGCAAUUAUUUAAGCUGCGUGAGCAGAUAACGUAUGCUCAAAAAAAGAUUGCGGAGGCAGAGGCAGCUGAGAAGACAAUGAAGCGGCGGCACGAGGGAAAGUCGACUGAAGUGGAGGACUUGAAACGCGAUUUACAAGAACUCGAGAGAGCAAAAGCAGAACUAGACGCAACCCAGAAACGUGCGAGCCAAGAUGGUGAAAAUGGGGCGCUGGUCCUCGAAGGCUCACGCUUGAAGGAGUAUCACCGACUGAAGGAAGCAGUUCAAGUCCAGACGAGUGCCAUGCGAAACGAGCUGGAGUCUAUCUUACGUCAGCAGAACGCAGAUCAAAAUAAGGUCGAGACAUUGACUCAGGACCGCCAGGAAAACUUGAAGAUGGUGGAUAUGCUGACUGAGGACCUGAAGGUUGCUGACGAACGAAUCGCCACGAUGCAACGGGUCAUUGCUGACACGGAGCAUGAUAUUGCUCAAGUUGAAGAGAUGUUGCAGACAGUCGAUAAAGAGAAUCGAAGUCAGGCGCACAAGAAAGAGAAAAUGACGGAUCAAUUGACUCGCGUAAGCAACAAGUUGCGCGAUCUCAAGGACGAUAAGCGGCAGUCACAAGCGGAAGCUCGCAAAACAGAGACGCUCGAGACUUUGAAGCGAUUAUAUCCUGGUGUCCGUGGUCGUCUCGUGGAUCUUUGUAAACCAAUUCAACGAAAGUAUAACAUGGCUGUAACUGUGGCUACUGGAAAGCACAUGGACGCGAUUGUGGUGACAGACUACAGAACCGGACAAGACUGUAUCCAGUAUCUCCGUGAUGUCCGUGCAGGCAGUGCUCCGUUCAUACCGUUGGACAGAAUUCGGGUAAAACCUAUUAAUGAGCGCUUUCGUGGUCUCGGAAACGCCAUCAAGAUGGUGGUCGACGUGAUCGAAUGUGACGCAGAGGUUGAGCCUGCAUUGCACUAUGCCGUUGGCGAUACUGUUGUCUGCGAGUCAAUCGACAUUGCUCGCGAUCUGUGUUUCCGUCAAAAUGAGAAAGUGAAGGCAGUAACGCUAGACGGGCAAGUGGUUAGCAAAAAUGGAAGUAUGACAGGCGGCAAAACGCCGAGUGACUCGCGCCGAGCUGGUCGAUGGGAUGAGAAAGAGGUCGAGGCAUUGCAGCAGCAAAAAGAUGGUCUAGUCGAUGAGUUGCGCGCAUUGGAUAUGCAUGGCGCAUCGUAUGCUAAGCUACAGACAUUACGUACGCAGCUGGAAGGGUUGCAUAGCCGACUUAGCCGUGCAAAGGCCGAUCUUGGUAUUACGGAAGGGAAAAGACCUAAGAUCCAAGCUCGAAUCGACGACGCCAAGAAACGAGUCGCUGACGUGGUCGACCCAGAGCUGCAAAAGUUCAACUCUGUCGUAGCGUCUAGAAAGAGUAAGAUUACUGCGCUCCAGGAACGGAUUAAUGGUGCAGAGGACGAAAUGUUUGCUGAGUUUAGUGAAGCAGUCGGCGUCGAAAGUAUUCGUGUCUACGAGGAGACGGUGCUUAAUCGACACCACAAGGCCCUAGAAAUGCGCCGCAAAAUUACGGAACACGAAGCUAAGCUGCGCGCGCAGAUCGAGUAUCUGCAGUCACAGGAUUUUGGUCAGCCCAUGCUUGCAGCAAAAGAAAAAGCAGCUCGAGAGUAUCAGCGCUUGAAACAGUUAUCAGAAGAGGAAGCGAGGCUUCUGAAACGAGAGGCAACAUUGUCCAAAGAGAAAAAAGAGCUAGAAGUGCAACGCAAGAACUUGGUUGCCGCGGUGGAUGAACUUGAAAAAGCGCUUCGUGAAAUUGGCAGCAAGAAGGCAAAAUACGAGGAGCGGGCAGGCAAAAUCCGUCGGAGGAUUGCAUCUGAGGAGACAGUGCUUGAGCGUUUAAAAGACCACAAGACUGAAAUAUUCAAGCGGGCGUCGCUGGAUCAAGUUAAACUGCCCCUUGUUGCUCGCAAACAAUCGAGCCGCGGUUGCGAGGAUGUUGAGAUGGAAGAUGCUGAAGGGUCAAGCAGCGUUGGAAACUCCGAGCUCUUAGUGGGAAAGGAUGCAGCAAACCAAGAAGUGGAUUUCUCAGCUCUACCAGACGCCCACGUCGUGGUCGACGAUAAGGAAUUUGACGAGAUCAAUUCCAAGUACGAGAAGCGGAUCGGACUGCUGCUUGCCGACUUGGACCGAAUGCAGCCGAACAUGCGCGCGCUCGACAAGUUUGAUGUGAUCCUAAAUCGAAUCGGCAAGGAAGAAGAGGAACUAGAUCGAAUCAAGCAGCAGUCUUUGCGUACAGCGUCGGAGUUUGAAAGGGUCAAGCUCGCUCGGAACGAGCGCUUCAUGAGAGCGUUUAACCACAUUUCGGGCGUGAUUGAUUCAACGUACAAGCAGCUCACAAAGAGCUCCAAGCAUCCACUUGGAGGCACGGCAUACCUGAGCUUGGAGAACUUAGAAGAGCCGUACUUGAGCGGCAUGAAGUACAACGCCAUGCCGCCAAUGAAGCGUUUCCGUGAAAUGGAGCAGUUGUCGGGCGGUGAGAAGACGGUCGCGACACUCGCGCUACUGUUUGCGAUUCACAAUUACCGCCCGACGCCAUUCUUUGUGCUCGACGAAGUGGAUGCUGCUCUGGACAAUGUGAACGUGAACAAGGUGUCGACGUAUAUUGCGAACUGUGACUUCCAGUGUGUCGUGAUCUCGCUCAAGGACUCGUUUUACGAAAAGGCUGAUGCACUCGUCGGGAUCUGCAAAGACAUUACGUCGCAGCAGUCGCGAUCCAUGACGCUGGAUCUCACUGCCUUCAAUUAA